AUAAUAAUAUUCAAUUUUUAACAUGAAAUGAAAAUGGAAUCUACAUUCUCAUUUUAAUAGUUGUCACAUUUUCUUGAAAAAGACAAUAAUAAUAAUAAUAAUGGCUGGUAGUAUUGUACCAAAAUCAACUGAUAGAAUUGUUGUUAUUGUCAAAGAUCAGCGUAAACAUAAGCUGUUCUACAAGGUAAAGAAGGACAUUCCCAUAAGGAAGGUCAUGGUUGCAUUUUGCAAGAAAACACAGACUGAUUUUGCUGUCGUGAAUUUCAUACUUAACGGCUAUCGUAUUCACCCCCAUCAAACUCCAACUGAGCUAAAAAUGAAGAACUUGGACGAAAUCGAUGUAAUGGGCAUGAUGCCAGGCGGAGGAGUGAUUUGCCAGUCACAUUUACAGUCGGUUUUAUCAAACACGCUAAAUGCUUUUAGACCUUGACGUAUGCUAAUUACUCUAUGCUUCUAUGAUUACACUACUUCGUUAAUUACUAUCCUGAAACUAAUAAUGUAACCUAGGGUAACCCAUUGAUGACCAAAAUGUCUUGUAAUGAAUAUCUGUUGUUAUUGUUUCAUCA